GCUAUUCUUAAAAACUGUUAAUCUAAAUUAAUAUUAUUAAACUUUGAACUAAAAUACGUAGAAACGGUUCUGAAUCUAACAAAAACAAAUCUUCAGUAAAUCGGAAAUUGAGUGUUAACAAACUAAUCACAAGAGGUCGUAGUUCAGUAUAGUUUUGAGACGCAAGUCACAAGCUGACACUACAAUUUUUCAUUUGCUAAAUCUUUCAUACAAUGACCUCUGUCGCUCCUCUCUCCAUUUUAUCUUUAAACAUAUAUUUCUAGUUCAUUGAAAUUUGAAGAAACAGGAAAAAUUGUGUGUUAGUAUUAUGAAGGCAUUCGAGAGUUCUAUUCUGGUUGUAUUGAUAGUUGAUUUACUAGCAACAACGGGAGAUUUAACGCUAUCAUGGACUUCUCCGAUAUAUCCAAAAUUAUACUCCAACAGUACCACUAUAAACCCAUUGAGUAGGAAGAUAACAAGAAACGAAGAUGCCUGGUUGGGAUCUCUUCUAAAUUUUGGAGCGAUUAUUGGUCCGUUACCGUUUGGCUAUAUUUCUCAAUGUUUUGGGAGAAAAAUCGGACUGCUAGCUAUAGCUGUGCCCCAUAUUAUGUCAUUUUUUAUAUUUGCAUUUGCCGAAAAUAUACAGCUGUUCUACGUGGCAAGAUUUAUAGGAGGUGUAGCACUUGGAGGAGGUUAUUGUUUAUAUGUUAUAUACAUAGCCGAGAUAGCAAGAGAUUCGAAUAGAGGCAAAAUGUCUUUAACUAUAAGUAUUUUUUGUGCUAUAGGAAAUUUUCUUCCUUUUGUAAUAGGCCCGUUUACGUCAAUAUUUGUAUUUAAUGUUAUUUUAGCUUUUAUACCGAUCACUUUUCUAAUUUUAUUUUCACUUGUUGCUCCUGAGAGUCCGUAUUAUCUCGUCGGAGUGAAAAAAGACAAGGAGGCAGAAAAGGCACUAAUGUACUUAAGAUCAACUGAUCGAAAUGGUGUUGCCGAAGAACUAAAUUACAUAAAAUCUUUUAUUAGAAUGGACGACGAAGGUCGCUUAUCCGAUAUAUUUAAAAACAAAAUUUUGAGAAAGUCAUUUCUUAUAUGUUUGAUUCUAAUAGCCUCUCAGGAUUUAUCAGGAUUUUGUGCUAUUACCUAUCAUUUACAAACCAUUUUCGAGGCAACUGGAACAAGACUGCAGCCUGAAUUGUCUGCUAUAAUUGUAGGGGUAGCGAUGUUGAUAUCGAGUUUUAUAGCUCCUUGUGUGGUAGAUAAAGUAGGUAGAAAACCACUCAUUUUAAUAUCUUGUAUUGGUAUGUUCAUCGCAUUAAAUUUACUAGCAGCAUUCUUUUACCUGCAUGACAGACAUAUCAGUACUAAAUCCAUAUACUGGCUACCUAUUCUAAGUCUGAUGUUGUACAUAGUAUUCUUUAAUGUUGGUAUUUGUACAGUACCGUGGGUUGUGAUGUCCGAACUUUUCCCCAACAACAUGAAACAAAUGACUACGGCAGUUGCUUCUUGUUUUGGUUGGAUAUCAUCUUUUAUAGUAACCAAAAGUUUUCAUGAUAUGAAUAGUACUAUAGGAAGAUGUGGCACCUUUUGGUUUUUCUCUUCUAUGUGUUUAAUGUGUGCCCUUGUUAGUGCCUUAUAUUUACCUGAGACAAAAGGCAAAAGUUUUAGUCAAAUACAGAAAAUGCUUUCGGCGUCAACGGAAAUUAGUUAGGAACAAAACUGUUUUUAUGUUUUUAUAUAAGUACCGGCGAUAUACUAAAUGUAACGUGUAAGAACACGUAGGAAUUCAGGUCCAAUAUAAGAGAUGUUUUAUACAGAAAUGAGUAUCUGCAACUUUGAAGUAUCUGUAAAUUUGUUGAUACGAAAUAUGUACUUGUGAUUGGAGAAACUUAUUGUUUGUAUAUAUCUAAUAUAUCUAAGUAUUAAACUGAAACUAAAACACAAAACUUAUGAUAAGAACAUCCCUAUUAAUUUGUGCACUAUAUUCUAAAAUAUUUGUUUUGAAAUUCCGUUUUGAACAAGGACAGCUUAUGCAUCUACAUACACAAAAAGUUUCAUAUACAAGUCUCGAUAAAGAUUACUUUUUCCUAAAACCAAAGAGCGUUACAGUCUUCUUCAAUGGCUGGUUCUUGAAUCUAUCUAUUAAACUCAUAUUGCUUAUUAAUUGAUAUUUACAACUGUAACAGACUAUUAGCCUAUGAGACAUUUUUAAGGGGUCAUUUGACCCAGCAUGAAUCACAUAUAAAUCAAUACUAUAAUAUGUAAUAACAACUU